AUGGCAGCCGCCGUCCAGUCCUCCACUUCGCUCGAUGACGACCGCACCUCGCGCACCUCGCGCUACGAGCGACCCUACUGCUCCCCCCGCCUAGCCCGCUCCCGCUCCAGACCCCGCCCCGAGACUGUCAACGCUCCGACCCGCGAAUUCGCCGCCGCCGUAGCGGACGUUGCAAGUCAGCGCAAGAGCCGCAUGGUCGCAAUGGGCAUGUCCCCCGUCUCGCCGGGUGGACGCGAGCGCGACGCACUCGAGUUUGUCGUUGACGUGCCCGUAUGGAGCCUCGGUAGUUUCUCUGACCUAUCCACGAUGCACGCAUUGCGUGACACGACCCUCGCCCACGUCCACACCCUCAUCGGCCACCUGGCCGACGCCCACGCCCUCACAGCCACAUACCGUAUUCUCGCCCGCCGGCCAGGUGGCUACGCGUGGGGCUCGAUCCGCCUCGCCAGUUCGCUGCUUGACGGAGCGAAUGCCCGUCCCUCGCGCCGCACAUCAUUCGUCAAGGCCGAACGCUCUGUUUCGCCUCGCAGCCCGUCGUUUGACUGUGCGUUCGCCAGCGACGAAGACGUCGCCGAGGAGCCGCAGCAGAAACCGCUCAAACCCACCCAAGCUACGCCAACCCUCGUGGCGGGAUACCAGGCGGACCCGGAGGAGGACGACGACGACGAGGCAGACACUGACGCGCUUGUCCGCGCCCAAGUUGAAGCCCGUGGCUUGGUCGAAGGAUCGGCGUUUGUGCUCUCGGUCAAGGAGCAGCUGACGCUCGUGUUGGUCUAG